AUGCGAGAAAUUAUAGAAGCUGCGCGCUAUAAACCAGUUUCUGCUCGAUAUAAAAUCUAUAUCGUUGACGAAGUGCAUAUGCUUUCUAAAAGUGCUUUUAAUGCUUUACUAAAAACACUGGAAGAGCCUCCCGCUCAUGUGAAAUUUAUCUUUGCUACAACUGAAAUUCACAAAGUGCCUGUAACGAUUCUAUCACGGUGCAUGCGUUUUGAUUUACGUCGACUCCGAUUAGAGGAACUUUCUGGCUUAAUGUCAGACAUCUUAACAAAAGAAAAUCUUUUCUUUGAAAAAGGAAUUCUAGACCCUCUAGCAAUUGCCGCAGAAGGAUCCGCCCGUGAUGCUUUAUCUUUAUUAGAACGUGCCAUUGCAUUAAGUGGGGAAAAAAUUACGGAACAAAUUGUCCAAGAGAUGCUAGGCCUUGCUGCUGGUAAUGAAGUCGAACAACUUUUCACAGCCUUAAACUCUGGAGAAACAGCAAAACUUUUGCACUUAUAUGAAGAUCUGUAUCAGCGUGGACGAGCUCCUCAAGCCAUUUUAAAAAUGCUAUUGGAGCAUGCCUCCAAACACAUUAAACAGCAAGCCCUAGGAAAGGAAAACAACUUUUCUGUACCUGUCCUUCAUCGCUUGUGGCAAGGCCUUUUGAAAGGGCUUAAUGAUAUUGAACGCGCACCCCUUGAUUUUCAGGCGGGUGAAGUUGUAUUGCUCCGCCUUAGUCAUUUAAGCCAAAUGCCUGAUCUAGAAUCUCUAAUUCACCAACGCAGAUUAGAGCCGCACACGCCUUCUAUGAUUUCUUCAGAAAAAAUGUCUGCAAAGGGACCUGAGACCCAAGCAUCCCUCAACCAAGCAAAUACCACCCCCUCGGCUCCUUCACUCGUAGAGAACGCUCCAAAUUUAACUUCCUCCCCAACAUCUGCAAACUUUCCUUCCCCAACACUUCCACAAAGUUUUGAAGAACUCGUAACCUUCGUUCAAAAGCAAAAAGAACCCUUAUUAGCGGCACAACUUAAACAAGAUGUUCAUGUGAUUCGUUACGCUCCAGGGCAUUUAGUGGCUCGCCUUGGCGAAAAGGCCUCUCAAGAUUUGUGGAACCGUUUACAAACAAUUUUAAAAAAGAGCUUUCCUGAAACAUCUUGGAUCUUAGAAACAGCUAUGGAAGAGGGGGCACCAAGCCUUGUAGAGCAAGAAGAAAAGGUGCGUACUGACAAAAGAAAAGAAGCUUUAAACCAGCCUUUAGUCAAAAAGGUUUUGGACACAUUUCCCGAUGCUGAAGUAAAAGAAGUAAAUGGACUUUAA